UUCUAUUCAUUCAUUCUCUUUAUUCAUAGCAUUCUCUUCCGCCAACUAUUCCCUAAGAAUCGCGUUCUCAAUAAUUUGGCUUAAAAGGGUUUUGUAUUGCGGUGUUGCGAAUCUCUCUCUAACACAUAAGAUCAUCAACAAUGUCGUUCUCACUCUCACUCUCAAGGUUAGCUUUACUUCGUUCUAAUAAUAAUAUCACAACUUCCACUUUCCUUCAUUCCUUCUCAUCUAAAUCUCGAUUCACUCACAAUGAUAUUGAUAAUGAUGUUGAUAAUGCUGUUUCUUCAUUCCAUAGCAUGCUUCGUAUGAAUCCAACCCCAUCCAUUGUACAAUUUGCCAAGAUUUUAACUUAUCUUGUUAAGACAGACACCCAUUUCUCAACUGUUAUUUCACUUUCUCGCCAAAUGGAAUUCAAUGGAAUUAAGCCAACUAUUGUUACUUUCAAUAUUUUGAUCAAUUCUUAUUGUCACUUGCGUCAAAUCAAUUUUGCAUUUUCUAUAUUUGCCAAGAUUCUCAAGAUCGGUUAUCAGCCGAGUACCAUAACCUUAAAUACACUUGUUAAAGGUCUAUGUCUUAGCGGUAAGAUUAAGGAAGCUCUGCACUUUCAUGACCAUGUGAUUGCGCUUGGAUUUGAGUUGAAUCAAGUUAGUUAUAGAAUAUUGAUCAAUGGGUUAUGUAAAACCGGAGAAACAAGAGCAGCCUUGCCGUUGUUGAGACGAAUUGAAGGAAAAUUGAUCAAGAUCGAUGAGAAAAUGUAUAGCAUAAUAAUAGAUAGUUUGUGCAAAAAUAAAUUUGUAAAAGAUGCCUAUGCGUUAUAUUCUGAAAUGAUUGCAAAGAAAAUUUCUCCCGAUGUUGUCACUUUCAGUACCCUAAUCUAUGGAUUUUGUGUUGUUGGUCAAUUGAAAGAAGCAUUUGGUUUGUUCCAUGAAAUGGUAUUGAAAAACAUCAACCCAAAUGUUUAUACUUUUAAUAUAUUGGUUGAUGCAUUCUGCAAGGAAGGAAAGAUGAAAGAAGCUAUGAAUUUGUUGGCUAUGAUGACAAAAGAAGGUAUACAAUUGAAUGUUGUUAGUUAUAAUACUUUAAUGGAUGGGUAUUGCUUACUUAAUCAAGUGAACAAGGCCAAAGAUAUAUUCUAUUCUCUAGCUCAAAGGGGAGUGACUCCUGAUGUUUGUUCCUAUAAUGUCAUGAUUAACGGGCUAUGUAAAAUUAAAAGGAUGGAUGAAGCCAUAAAUCUAUUUCAAGAAAUGCAAAACAAGAAGAUUAUUCCUGAUAGAGUAACUUACAGUUCUCUUAUUGAUGGUUUGUGCAAAUCAGGGAGAAUCUCUCAUGCUUGGGAGCUUCUUGAAGAGAUGCACGAUAGAGGUCAACCUGCCAAUAUAAUCACUUACACUUCUUUAUUGCACGCUUUAUGUAAAAACCAUCAUGUUGACAAGGCAAUUGCAUUGGUCAAGAAUAUUAAAGACAAAGGCAUUCAACCAGAUAUCCACACAUACACUACACUUAUCGAUGGACUAUGCAAAGCAGGAAGACUUAAGAAUGCACAGCAGAUUUUUCAAGAUCUUUUGAAUAAAGGCUACAAUAUAACAGUUUGGACAUAUAAUACUAUGAUCAAUGGUCUUUGUUUGGAGGGCUUAUUUGAUGAAGCUAUGUUCUUGAUGUCAAAAAUGGAAGACAGUGGUUACAGUCCUAAUGCUAUAACUUACCAAAUAAUUAUUUAUGCUCUCUUUGAGAAUGAUGAGAAUGAUAAAGCAGAGAAACUUCUACGUGAAAUGAUUGCUAGAGGUUUAUUGAAAUAGAAACUAAUGAGUUUUGCAUAUUUUAUCUGUUAUGGUAAGGAUUUUUUUCAUUCAUUGGUCACUCUGAAUAUUUAUUCUGUAGAAAGUAGUAUUGUUUUUUUGAGUGUUGUGUAUUUCUUAUGGUAGAUGUAUAUUAAUUGGAUGACAGCCAAUAGUAAAUGGUUUGUCUUUAGGUCCAUUUAGUAAGAAGGAUUUUAAUUUAAAAGGUUUGUAAGGACUAAUUUGACCGCAAGUGAUAACUCACUUUUUUUGACGAUUUUAGGCCUUUGAUAGGAUUGUUACCUAUUAAUAUGGUGGUCAAUCUUACUUUGCGUCAUUAAAAGUAGAUUAUUAAGUCAUUAUUAAGUGAUUGAGCUAAACA